AUGGUCACUAUUUUUUAUCAAGUUUUUGGACGCGAAGUAAAUAAAGUUAAAUUGGAAAAAGAAAAUGACUUAAUGGAUCUCCGUAAGGCAAUUAAAGCGGAAGAACAGCUUACAGAAGCUUCUAUUGAUACAUCAACACGAAAGUUAACAUUUACUGAAAUCAAAGAAAUACUUGACAAAUAUGUUAACAAAUGUAAAAACUCUCGCAAAUCACUCUCCAAUUCUGAAAAUAUUCCUGAUGAUACAGAAGACAUAUCAACAUAUUUGAAAUUUGUGAAUCAUAAAUAUCAUGGGGUUGUGAGACCUGAAAUUGCAGUUGUAGUGAAAAAUUGUAUUUAUGCAGGUCGGUCUUUUCGAGUAGCAUGUGACAGUUUCACUAUAUAUGAGUUUAAAGAGGAACCCGAGUCACUUCUCAUCUUUAAAGAACAGAAAUUUCAAAAUAUGAGAAUUUUCGUGAAAAAUUUUAAGGAACAUUUUAUUGCCCUUAACGAAAUUCUUGAUGUUAUACUUUCUUACUUUCCAAAUACAGAUAAAAGUUCGGAUCUACCUCUUAUAAUCAUCAAUAUUGACGAAACAAACUCAAUAUUUGAACAGAAUAGAGACAAGUUUCUUAAAGGAGUUGUAAAAUCCCUCUCAGAUAGGAUUUUUCAACAUUACUUUAUCUUUCCUGUUCUAACCGGAACCCAUGCAAGCAAUCUGUUUAAUACUGUCAAAUCAACAAAUGCCAAAUUUAUUUGA